AUGGAAGUUCGCAAUGCGGGCGCUCCAGUGAAGGCCGAGACAUCACCAGACCUUCCAUCGCCCACACAACCGCCCUCGGUCGACUCACCGUGUCCGUCGCCAUCUGCGCCCACCACCACCCCCACUAUCGCCUCUUCUUCGCAUCCAAAGCGACCCUCCUCCGAGCCUGUCCCGCCCCGAAAACGUGUUCGCCGCUGGCACCACCGCGGCUUCACGGGCUGCUCAACCUGUCGUCGCCGACAUGUCCGCUGCGACGAGGCCGCUCCGACCUGCAAGAAUUGCACCCGUCUUGGCCUCGAGUGCGAUGGACUGCAAGGCCGGAUGACUUUCAAGGUCUACGGGCCAACGCCGACGCCGCAGACAAGUCGACUGAGCGGACAGAGUCGCGGGAAGCAGAGUCACACGGAGAGUAGCCCGGACUCUUCGAGCGAGUCAUGCGGCUCCGGAACAGGAGUGACUGUGAAGUCGGAGACGGUGGGCGAUUGCGAGACGCUGGGGGGAACUCCCACCACGCUACCGCAAUUGAAGGACCAGACACGUUUUCACUUCCAGCAGCCCGUUCGCCCGUCCAACCUGCGGUCAGUGACUCUGCGAUGCACGGAUGAGCAGUACUUUGGUCAUUUUGUCAAUCAGGUCUCGAGUCUGUUGAUCGUCCACGAAACCGCUCUCAAGGUCAACCCGUACCGUAGCUGUUUCCCCGAUCUAGCUCGGUCGUCGUCGUCCAUGACUGCCGCCAUGCAAGCGCUGGGCGCUUUACACUUGGCAAACACCUCCUAUGGAAAUGAACGGCUUGGCCACUUUGAAACCGCCAUCGGCAAGUACGGGCAGGUGAUGACGACCGUUCGGGACGGUCAGACUUUUCCCAAUGGCAAGAUUCGAAUUCAAGACCUUGCGACUUGCUUGUUGCUGUGUCUCUUCGAGAUGAUGGAUUCUCAGCAUCCGAACUGGGAGAUUCAUCUCAAAGGUGCUCGUGAAAUGUACAACCUUCUCUUUUGUCCCCGAAGCGACAAGCUUCCUAGCGAAGGGCAGUGCAUCGACGAUGUGCACCAUCCUCUACGAUCUUUUCUCCUCUCGCUGCUGUCCUCGCUUGAUGUGGCCGGCGCAUGUGCCAGGCCCGGUGACCCAGUGGCAACAAAGAGCUACUGGAAGACGCUGGAGGGCGGUUGGGAGUACAAUUUUGGCAUUCCCCGUCUGUCCACCACCACACCUCCGGAUGAUCCUCGUCUGCUGGAACUGCGCAAGGCAUGGUCCCGGAUGAUGGAAGUCAGGGCUAUCAUAAGCACAUUUGCCCGCGACAAGGCAAGGUUAAGCCCUGACCAACAGGACCUUAUCUACCGACGCAUCUUUCAUCAAUUGGCCGCCUGGCGUCAGACCACUCCAAUCCCGCUCCAAAUACUGGGGGAGAUGGAGCUCCACCACGAGCGUCUCGACGCUUUCCCGGAGCCAGACAUGUUGGAGUACUACGGCUGUGUCGAGGCAUAUGAAAAGGCGACUCUGGUGCAUCUGCACCAAAUUGCGGGUGCGGGCCGACCCAACUGGAUCACCGAUCGAGCGUAUCUGGAUUCGCUGAUCACGCGGAUCGUGACUCUCAUCCGUCGAUUGACUACGGACGUUGGCCAGCUCGCAUUUCUCUGGCCGUUGUUUAUCGCCGGGCGGGAGACGCGCAAGGCCGAGGAGCAACAAUAUGUUCAGCGCACCCUGCACGAGCUGACACGAUUCGGGUUCCGAAAUGUGGACAAGGCACUGGAGCUUCUCGAGGGUAUCUGGUUGAAGCGACGGGCUUUUCCAGAAGGCUGGACGGAGACGCUCGAAGAGCUUCAGACGAACAUUCUUCUGCCGUAA